UUUACGUGACUGUUGAAGUGUGGUGACCGAUGGACUUAAAAUGGCAUCUCCUCUCCUUGUGAUGGCAAAUGCCGCCACGAAACAAAAAUACAGCAAAACAUUUAAUUCCUGAACAAUAUGUCAGCCUGCAUCAGGUAAUAGAAUAUUUAGGAGACGUUCUAAGAAAGCACUUUGCCACUUACUGACCAGUUUUCUUUUUUGACAGGUGUUCAACAGGACUUCCAAGCCUGACCUUUUCAUAGCAAAGCGAAAGACAAGCCACAUAGCCAGACACAACUCCGCCAGAGAAGAGGGGCUCAUCAACAAUGAAAACAUGCGUGAGAGGCAAGCUCUUUCUAUUCCCAAAACAAUGGGGCUAUUGCUCAAACUCUACUUAAGCCGAAACCAAAACACGGCGCUAAAUCAGCUGAGCUGGAGCUGAGAAAAGGUAAGAAUGAAAAUGCGGUCUUUUUAAAUAAUUGCUGAUCUUAGAAAUGUCCCUCUUUGAAGCUGGUUGGCUUCUGGACAUCACUCCGCUGAACUUGGACUCUCCAUUGGUGAAGGGGAGAAUUUUGUAUAUUUUCUAAAUGCAAAUUUACAUCACAUCUUAAUUGGGUGAUUUUUUCUGAAAUUAUGAAUCAAAUAUGAAGAAAUACUUUAUAUUCCAUUUUUACACGGCUUGAAUUUGAGCUCUUUUUGAACAGUUAACCCUUUGUAGAGCUCAUUUUCCUAUUAAGCCUUAUAGCCUGUUUCCACAAUGAGUUUGCUGAGUGAGUACGAUUGUGUCCUCAGCUGUGUUUGAGGGCGAGGCCAGAGGGGGGCAGUAAAGACCAUUAAGUGUGAUGUCACAGGCUUCCUGCAGGAGACCACAGUGAUGACCAACGUGUGUGACGGAAUGGAGUACCUGCAAUCCAAAAAGCUGAUCCACAGAGACCUGGCGGCUAGCAACAUCCUGGUCUCUGACAACGAUGUGGCCGAGGUCAGCGACUUCGGGCUGACGAGGGUGUCAGCUAACCAACAUGCUAAACUGCCUGUCCGCUGGAGUGCCCCUGAAGCUCUGUGGAAAGAGAAUUACUCCACAAAGACAGAUGUCUGGAGUUCUUCUAUGGGAAAUCUUCUCCUAUGGUCGUCAACCAUACCCAAAGAUGUCUAUAAAUGAAGUAAGAGAGCUAGUGGAGAGUGGUUAUUGUAUGGAGGCACCAGAGGACUGUCUCCCCACGGUUGACGCCCUAAUGACGUUUUGCUGGGCCAGGGAGC